AUGAUCCUCAAGGCUGAUGGUGAGUAUGAAUCCCAAGACGAGGCAGAAGUUGAGACCAUGGUUUCUGAUGAAGAGGUAGUCGAUUAUGCUGAGACCGGAGAGCUACUGGUUACCAGACGAUCUCUUAGUGCUCUCUUCGAUCCUGAAACCGUUCAAAGAGAAAACAUCUUUCAUACAAGAUGUAGCGUGGAACAAAAGGUAUGUAGCUUGAUCAUAGAUGGUGGUACUUGUACUAACGUGGCCAGCAAGUAUCUUGUUGAUAAGCUAGGUUUGGCCAAGACGCCCCAUCCGCGGCCAUAUCGGCUCAAGUGGCUCAAUGAUGAGACUGAGCUCCGGAUAGCCGAGCAAGUGGUUGUGUCUUUCAGUAUUGGUAAAUACCAUGAUCAGGUCAAGUGUGACGUUGUGCCUAAGCAAGCCGGCCACAUACUUCUAGGACGGCCAUGGCAGUUCGAUAAGGAGACCAUUCAUCAUGGCCGGACCAAUGUCUAUAGCUUCAGCCACAACAACAAGAAGCACAGCCUAGCACCUCUAAGUCCUCAAGAGGUUUAUGAGAUGCAACAAGCAAUGGAUUAUGCCAGCAAGGUAAGUAAGACUAACUUAUACAUCACUUCCAGCCAAGUAGUUAAGUCUUUACACCAUGAGACGCAUGUGCUGCUAAUGGUCUUUAGAGAAAGUUGUUUUGCAGGGAUUGAGGCCACGGAGUUACCAGGCGAAGUACAAGGCCUCAUGGAGCAAUAUAAGGACGUCUUUCCUGAUGAGAUCCCAGCCGGCCUACCUCCUAUCCGAGGCAUAGAACAUCAGAUCGAUUUUGUGCCAGGCGCACCCUUGCCAAACCGAGCGGCCUACCGAGUUUACCCAGAAGAAGCCAAGGAGUUGGGAGAGACAGAUUUAUCUCAGGAGUGGAUACCACCAAGUUCGAAUGAAGGAGGAGACGAGUGGAAGACAGCCUUCAAGACCAAGCAAGGUCUAUACGAAUGGCUGGUCAUGCCGUUUGGCCUCACCAACGCCCCCAGCACCUUCAUGAGACUCAUGAACCAGGUUCUUCGACCUUUCAUAGGGAAAUUUGUGGUUGUGUACUUUGAUGACAUACUGAUCUAUAGCCACUGUUUAGAUGACCACCUUAGACACCUUGAACAAGUGAUCAAAGUUCUUAGUUCACAGGGCCCGAAGGUAGAUGAAGAGAAGAUCAAGGCGAUCCAAGACUGGCCUACACCUACCACCAUUGGCCAUGUUCGCAGUUUCCACGGCCUGGCCAGUUUCUAUCGGCGGUUCGUCAAGGAUUUCAGCACCAUAGCCGCUGCCUUGACCUCUGUGAUCAAGAAGAACGUAUCCUUUAUUUGGGGACCAGCCCAAGAAGAGUCUUUUAACAAGCUUAAAUAUAGUUUGACUCAUGCACCUGUCCUUACUCUGCCGAACUUCGAUAAAACUUUUGAGAUUGAAUGUGAUGCUUCAGGGACAGGUAUAGGAGCCGUGCUUACUCAAGGAGGACGUCCAGUGGCCUACUUCAGCGAGAAACUGAGUGGAGCAACCUUGAACUACCCAACCUAUGAUAAAGAGCUUUAUGCUCUAAUCAUGAGACGCUUAAAACACAUAAGAGGACAGACCACACUCAAGAGGAGGCACGCCAAAUUGUUGGAGUUUGUGGAGACUUUUCCUUAUGUGAUUAAGUAUAAGAAGGGCAAAGACAAUGUGGUGGCUGAUGCCCUAUCCCGGAGACAUACUCUUAUCUCGACCAUGGAAGCUAAGAUCAUGGGUUUUGAAUUCAUUAAAGAUUCUUAUGCCACUGACCUUGAUUUUCAAGAAGCUUUCAGGAAAACCACACAAGGAGCAUUCGGUGUUUAUUACCAGCAUGAAGGUUUCUUGUUCAAAGAAAAGAAGUUAUGUAUUCCCAAAGGCUCGAUGAGGGAACUGCUGGUUCGGGAGGCUCGUGGUGGCGGCCUCAUGGGACAUUUUGGCCGAGACAAGACCCUAAGUGUCCUGACCGACCAUUUCUUUUGGCCAAACAUGAAACGAGAUGUGGAGAACCUAUGCGCCAAAUGCAUUGUCUGUCUCAAGAUAAAAUCCAGGUCACAUCCUUAUGGUUUACACAUGCCACUACCUAUUCCUAACCACCCUUGGCCUGAGAUGCCUUUAGACAUGUCCGAACUGCCAAAGUCUAUGUUCUGCAGCCGAGAAGGUGCAACUAAGGCCGAGUUCGUUAAGAACAUGCAUCGGAGGGUUCGAGAGAAGUUAGAGGCAAAGGCGGCCAAGGUCAAAGCCCGUCUCGACCAGAAGAGAAAGGAGCGUUUUCCAGAAGAAAGGAAGUCCAAACUGUCACCCCGAGGCACUGGGCCGUUCCGGGUCGUUGAGAAGAUCAAUGACAAUGCUUACAAGCUUGAGCUUCCAGAUGAAGAGCUGCUGAUUGAAGAGAUGGUCCAAUUGAAGAUUCAAGAUCCAGCCGGUCCAAUAGAGGUUCAAGACCAAGCCGGUUCCCUCCAAUUCAGAUCACUCGGCCAGAACCAAACCGGCCUAACCAUCUCUACAUGUGAUCUCGGUUCAGACACCUCCCCAAGCUCAGCCGGUUCUGAGUAA